UGAUCGAACGGGUGUAAACGGAAUAUGACGCAAGUCUUACAUGUGAACAGUUUUGUACCUAGCAUUACUCUGCGUCGACGUGCGUUGACCAGAAUUUACUCUUGGCUCAAAAGUUCUUCUGUUCAGAAGAAAUAUUUUUCCGUUUCUAAAUACUGUCCUUACACAAUGUCACAAGGAACUGUCCAUCAUGUUGCAAAGAGCGGGUUUGAAACAUCGAAACUUUAUGAUCAGGUCAGGCCCGCUUACUCAGAAGAGGCCGUAAAGUUCUUGAUUGAUAAACUUGGCAUUUCACACCAAGAUGCUUCAUCUAAUCAGCUAGUAAGAAUCCUAGAGCUUGGAGCAGGAACAGGGAAGUUCACUGAUGUUUUACUCAAGGUUCUUCGCGGCAGUAAUGUGGAAAUAAUUGCAAGCGAGCCGCUUCUUUCUAUGAGAGAAGAGUUUAAACAAAAAUUUCCAGCCACAGAGAUGAAAGAUUUUUCUGCUGAAAAUAUUGGUUUGCCUCACGGUUCAGUACAUGCAGUGAUAGCGGCACAAAGUUUCCACUGGUUCGCCAAUGAAAAGUCGCUUUCUGAAAUUCAGCGUGUACUUGUUCCUGGUGGCAAGUUUGGUCUGGUUUGGAAUGCACGUGAUCACUCUGUACCCUGGGUAAAAGAAAUGGACAAUGAUGUCAUUCUUCCCCUCUAUGAGCAGUCCAACACACCAAAAGCACAAAGUGGUGAAUGGAAGAGACUGGUAAUGGCAUCUGAUAAAUUUGGGUCACUAGAAGGUGAUGAAAGUUUUAAGAAUGAACAGGUCAUGACAUUUGAUGAAUUUGUAAGGAGGCUUUUAUCGAUUAGUGUCAUAGCGGUGAAAAGUGAUGAAGAAAAGAAAAUGGAAAUUGAUAAAAUUAAAUCAAUUUUAAACAAACAUAUCAAACUAGAAACAGAUAAAGUUAUCCUUCCAUACAAGAUUGAGAUGUACUGGUGUGAGAGAAUGUGAAUUAUUCCCAAACCAAAUAAUUUAAAACUGAUUUAGAAUUUUUAUGUAGAAGACUCAUGACAAAGAACCAUUCUUUAAGAUUUAUUUAAUUAUCCAAUAAAGAAAAUUGUUUGAAUAGUUAAGGUUGUACUGGUGUGAAAGUACAUAAAUUAUUUCAGUUACCAUAUUUAUUCAAUUGAAUGUCACAGCAUUUAUUCAAUUUUUUUGUGAUUCAAGUGCAGCGUUUAUACAAGGGGCAUUUAUCUAAAAUCCAAUUUAUUACUCGCAAAAAUGGUAUGGUAACUAACCAUUCUCAUUUUAAAAAGCAGAAACAUGUUUUGGUGCUGUUCUAAAAAGUCAUUUUUUUGUAUUGUUGUCAAUUUCACAUAUAUUUCCAUGUUAAUACUGCUGCAAUACAUAAAGUGAAUAGAGGAUUUGUCUGCAAUUAAUCAAUGAUCGCUGUGUGCUUUUUGAGUCUAUUAUUCAAAUAAACACCACAUCAUCAGGGCGUGAAAUUGCGCCUAAUACAGGCGCCAAUGCGACUAAAUUUUUCACUUUGGCGACCAAAUCCUGAAAGUUAGUCGCCAAAUUGGCGACUAGAACGUGUCAUCAUAACCUUACCAAGAGAUCUAGUGCAUUAAAAAGAUUUGCAAAGAUAAAUCCGCGGCAAACUUCCUCGUUAAGUUUGUUUCCAAAACGUAGCACAUGCAUCUAGAUCAAUAACUAGACGCCAUCUUGGAUUUAGAUGAGCCUGAACGUUGUAUAUCAUCCAUCCUAGUGUCCACUUUGUAGCACGUUAAAGAUCUUUUCCCUAACUUAAUUUUGGAGGGUCUAUCUAGAACGCUGACAGAGUAAAGAAAGAUUUUGUUUGUCUUUGAAAAUGGCGACCAACUUUUUUUGAAUUGGCUACCACUUUGAAGAAUUUAGGAGCCAAGUGGCUAUCAGAAAAAAAAGUUAAUUUCACGCCCUGAUCAUGAUACAGUGAUUAAUUGAGGGUGGCGUUUUAUUAAUGUUUCUGCUCUAAAAUGCAGCAUUUAUUAGAGGGCAGUGUUCAUAUGAGGGUGGCAUUUAACCAAUUAAAUACUGUAACAGACAUUUUAAAGUAUUGUGAUAUAAAUUUUUUACAGGAGAUUUUCUUACAAAGUACCAUUUGUCAAAUUUAACAAUAUGUACACAAUCUUUAUCAUCUUUUUACCUUAACCCUUUAACUCUCAGAUGUGAUGAACAUGUAUUUUCUCUCAAUAAUAUCCAUACAUCACCCAGCAAUCAGGUAAUGACAAUACUCAAACUUAUCAGGUAGAAGUUAUCUUAAUUUAACACCAAAUUCUGGUAACUAAUUUACAAGGAGAUGAGUAACAGCUAAAGGGAAGAAUGAAAAAUCAGAUUUUAGGAGUUAAGCAGUUGAAACAGCUGGAUUAAGGACAAGUACUGAAGUAAAUUGUUAGAGAUAAAUUAAUUGUUGAUGCUGAUUAUAUGAAGUUGUACACUUUGACAAAUAAAUUAUAUUUUUUUAUUC